UUCUACCGAUGUAACUCCGUUGUUAAUAAUUGUCGCGGACUUUCUCACACGAGUUUUAUUUUCUCGCUGUGUCUGUUUUCACACUGAAGUAGUUUGAGAGAUGUUCCGGUUGAUCAGCUGUAAGUUGAUGAUGUGAAUGUGAUUAUUAGCGGAGGAUCGUGUCAGGUGUUUCGGGAGGAUGAAUGAAUCUCUCCGGUUCGGAUUCUCAUGUCUGCUGCUCUUCUUCACGACUGUUUCUACUCAAGAAUGUAGAUCUGGAUGUCCUCCUGUCCACGGGUUCUGUGACAACACUGGAGAAUGCAGGUGCAGCACAGGCUGGGAAGGUGUGACGUGUGAUCAGUGUGUUCCUCUGUCAGGAUGUGUUCAUGGAUCAUGUAAAGAACCUGCUCAGUGCAUCUGUGAUCCGGGCUGGAGCGGCACUCGGUGUGAUCGAGAUGCUGGUUUGUGUUCAUCAAAGCCGUGUUGGGGUGAUUCCACCUGUAUCGAGACAGGAUCGGGAGAAUAUCGGUGUCUUUGCCCUCCUGGAUUCACGGGCAAGAACUGCCACCUGAAGAAUGCGUGUUUAACUGACGGAUCUCUCUGUCAGAACGGAGGAACCUGUCUGGACACAAAUGUCUCUGACUCCUCGUGUCUCUGUCCACCUGGAUUCACGGGUCGUUUCUGUGAGAGCGACUCUGACGUCUGUGAGCCCAAUCCGUGUGUGAACGGAGGCCGUUGCACCCGUCACGACCCGACGUUCAUCUGCGUCUGUCCGUCGCCGUUCUCUGGCCCCGUUUGUGAUGUCACGCUCACAAACUGUUCCGGAAAUCUCUGCAUGAACGGAGGAACCUGCUUCAGUCACACAGACGGCGGGAUUCACUGCAUCUGCCCACACGGAUUAACCGGCCCAUCCUGUGAACUCCACAUCAACCAGAUGAAGUCCAAACCCAGAUAUAAAGCGGCAGGUGCAGGUCAUGUGAUGCAGCACUACACCAUACCGGCUCACGCGUUCCACCGGUUACUGCGGGCUCCGGAGCGAGAGCUUCUGAAGGAGAACGCUCAGACGAGUUCUCAGCUCAUCUGUUUCACCGUUCUGGGUUUACUCACCUGUCUGGUGGUCCUCGUCACAACGGGCAUUGUGUUUUUUAAUCGAUGUGAGACGUGGAUGGCAAACGUUAAAUACCGCCAACUGUUGCGUCAACAGCGAGAUUUCCUCCUGAGAGCGUCCAGCGGCGACGAGCACUCGGUCAACAUCAUCGUACCUGAGAAAAUCAGACUGAGUCAUUACGGGAAGGGUUACACAUCCAUAUGACACGUCCAACAGGGUAACAGACUCCUAAAAGAGUUUCCUGAACACUGUCUGACACUAUAUAAUCCUGCUCAUGACAUCAUCAUCUUCAUUCUGAGGUCAUGUGAUCAUUCAUCAUUUUUAAAUGUUGUUAUUUGAUGUACUGUAGAUAAUAAAUAUCCUGGAAAUGAUCACAUUCAGACAAAAGACUCAUUUAUCAUAUUAAGUUUUGUUCAAGAUGAUUAAAUGUUUUUCAAUGUCUGUCCAGUAGGUGAAGGGUUAAU